AAAUAUUCUUUUGCAUCUGAUAUUUAUAGUAUUGGCAUACUUAUGUGGGAAAUCUCAUCUGGACCACCACCUUUUAUUAAUAAACAUGAUUAUGAUCUUGCAAUAAAAAUAAUAAAUGGAAUGAGACCAAAAAUAAUACCAGGCACUCCUUUAGAAUAUAAAGAAUUAAUGGAACAAUGUUGGGAUGCUGAUGCAACAAAAAGGCCUGAUAUUUCUGCUCUUUCUGUUAAAAUAGCAGAAAUCUAUAGGUCAUAUUGUCAAAAUGAAAAUUAUGAACAGAUAAUCAACAUUACAAAUACUUAUAAUUCUCUAAAUACAAAUUUUAAUGUAAAUUCUAGCUCUACUAAUAAUUCUUUUUUUGAGAAUUCUAGUAAAGGUUCUAGUAACUGGAAUAAUAGUAGAGUUUAUAGUUUUGAAAAUUUACCUGAACCAAGGAAUGCAACAAAAGCUUAUCAUAGUAUACAAUUUGAUUUUAAUUUACAAGAUGGUUUGAUUAUUGAUGAAAAAGAUUUAACUGUUAACCCUAAUAAAAAGGUCAAUUCAAAUAAUAAUGAAGAAGUACAAUAUCAUGAAAUUGGAUACCAAUAUAUGCAAAUAAAUUAUACUACGAGUAAGAUGGAUCUUAACUAUUUACUAAAUUAAAGC